UAAUAAUCAAACGCGCACACUCUCUCUUUCUCUCUCUCUAUCUCUCACAAAUGAAACUAGUCUCUCCCUUCCCAAGGUCAACAGCAAGAAGAAUCUUACACUCCUUUGAAACGUCCAUGGGGUAUCUUAAUUUAGCUUCGUGUUAGUGAGUCUCUUGGUCAAACAAGAAUGCACCGACCGUCAUUGUUUUGAGAGCUACCCUUCUCUCUCUCUUUGGUCUCUCUCUCAGCCUCAGCUUUUUUUUUUUUUCUACUUAAUCCUAAUAACCCUAGGUAACAUCAAACCAAAUUUUCUUCUUUCUUCUUUUUUCUUCUUUUUGUUUUUUAAAUUGAAGAAGAAAGAACAAACUAUAGUUGGUCCGACCGUGUUGCUGUGCCCUCAUAGGACUUUACUAGUUACAAUCCCCAUCUGGGUCGUUUUUCUUUUCUUUUUUUUCUACAAUCGAACCUUAGCCUUAAAAUUUUUAGGAUCAGCUCUUUUUUUAUUGUAGAUCCAGCAAGAAGAGUUGAAAUUGGAGGGUGUAAAAGAUGAAUAUCGGAGCACAUAGAGAAGGGUUUUGUGAAGAAGCUGAGCAUAUGGUGAUGAUGAGAGGUAAGCUUCCUUUCUCUUACUCUUCUUCUUCUUCCCAUGACGCUUCCGAUGUGAAGCAACAGCUUGAGCUCAUGGAAUCCUCUCCUAGAAAUGAGGAUGACCUUGAUGAGGUGAGACAAAAUGGGCUUGCUCCUACUGGAGCUGUAGUAACUGGAAGUGGAAGCACAAGUGGUACUAGUUCUAGCACUGGUAUGAUGAUGAUGAUGAUGGAAAGAGAGCACAUGUUCGACAAGGUUGUGACUCCAAGCGAUGUGGGAAAACUCAAUCGGUUAGUCAUUCCUAAACAGCACGCCGAGAAGUAUUUCCCACUUGAUUCUUCAACAAACGAGAAGGGUCUCCUCUUGAACUUUGAAGACAGAAAUGGAAAGCCUUGGCGUUUCCGUUACUCUUACUGGAACAGUAGCCAAAGCUAUGUUAUGACUAAAGGCUGGAGCCGUUUUGUGAAGGAGAAGAAGCUUGAUGCCGGUGACAUAGUUUCGUUUCAGCGUGGCGUUGGUGAGCCUGGUAAAGAUCGUCUUUUCAUUGAUUGGAGGCGUCGACCUGAUGCACCUGAUCCCAAUCUUUCACUUCCUCUUCCUCUUCAUCAUCACCAUCAUUUUCCCUCUUAUCAUCACCAAGCAUGGAGUCCUUUGCAAAUGCGGCCGCCACCUGGGGACCGGGUUCAUAUUCCACACCACCUUAAUUACAAUAACAACCUCAAUCCUCAUCAUCAUCCUCAUCCUCAUCCUUAUAGGAACACUACUCCUUAUUGUAAUGUGGUGAAUCCGUACUGUUCCGGCUCACUGAUUUAUCUGAGAUCAGCGGCCACUGUGUCACAACAACAACAUCAUCAGCAACAGCAACAACAGCAGCAGCAUCAACAGCAACAACUAGUGCAGAUGCGAAGUGGGGUAGAGACACCUAUGGUAUUUGAGUCAGUGCCGGUUGUACAAGGAAAAGUAGCAGCCAAGAAAUUGAGGUUAUUUGGUGUGAACAUGGAGUGUCCCAUAUCGGAAACAGAUGAAUGUGACAUAUUGUCCUCCACCACAAUAGCUCAUACUAGUAUGCCUUCACAGCCUUCAACACUACUUUCUUCUUCGUCUCAGUCUCCUCUCCAAUUAAGGCUCUACAAUGGCACACCACUGCCAACUGUUCCUACCGACUUUCUCAAUAAAGGCAAGGCUUCCAUGUCCUUUGAUUUCGAUAUCUAAGCUAGCUUGCUUAGACUAAAGCACAAAGAAGAUCUUCAAAAGACAAAAAGAGCUAGUGAGUUAAUUAGCCUAAUGUUGUAAUUGGGGUUUCAAUAUUACUUGUUUCUUACUGCUCAUGUUGGACCAACAAAAUGCACAAUGCUAGUGAAUCAAGAUGUAACCACACAGUUGGGAUUUUUCAGGCUUGAAGGUUUGAGGUUUUAUGAAGAUUUAGCUAGCAUAAGGCAAGAGAGGCAAUAUUGGAGAUAGAGAAGCCACUAUUUUCAACUGUCUUCUUUUUUUAUUAACUUUGUGUAAAAGUAUUUAUGAUACAUUGAAGAAAAACUGAAAACAUAUAUAUAGAUAAAUAUUAUAUAUUGGAUGAGAAGAGGUAGAUUAUCACUACUA